AUGGCUAGGCAGGUCCCCAACAGAAUGUCUCAAGAGACACAAAUGCAGGAAGAAAAGGAACGAGUAAUUACAGAAGCCAGGAAGAACGUCAUUGGACCCGACGGCCGAACGACAACCCUCCCCAACCUCAUUGAAGACCGCUUCCCACUGACGAGACCUGACUGGGACUUUAGGACGCCGGAAGGUAGGGAGCGUCUCCUGUCCUAUUGCCAGACUCUAAUGACAGGUCUCCGGCCGGCGUCACGCCGGCCCACAAAUUUGGCUAAAGUCAAAGCCAUAGAACAGGGGGUAACUGAAAGCCCGACCAGAUAUCUGGAGAGGAUAUACGAUGCUUAUAGACAAUAUACACCACUAGAUCCCUUGGCAGAAGAAAAUCAGUCCGCAGUAAUAAUGACUUUCAUCAACCAAGCUGCCCCCGACAUUCGUAGGAAGCUACAUAAGCAGGAAGAACUAGGGAGUUUGAGUAUUAAGGACCUUCUCCGGAUAGCCGAUAGGGUAUACAACCUUAGGGAAACGGCAGAGGAAAGAGAGGAGCGGUUGAGGAGAGAGACUCAGGAACGAGAGGACAGGGUCGGGUGGCCCAGAGAAGGCUCCUUUUCCGGAGAUCUUAUCUCAAAGGUAAAGGCCGUAAUUACAAGGCCUGGGGUUGAUGGGCACCCAGAUCAGCUUCCAUAUAUCCUCUUGUGGCAAGAGAUCUCAGAAAAUCCUCCUGCUUGGUUGAAAGCUCUGACCCCCUCACCAUGGGAUCCACCUCCGGAUCCCAUGAUGCCACAGAAUGCUCCAACAGAGGAGCCCCAGGGGCCUUCCAUUCCAUCUAGUUCAGAAAAGGUCCCAGCACUAGUAGCAGCGGGUCUAGACCCCAUUAAAGCAAGACCUGGCCCCCUGGUGGCACAGAAAGGUGGCAUAUACCCCUCCUUGUUAGAUCUAGACGUCUUCUAUAGACCUCCUGCUCAGAACCGAAGGGUUCAGGCCGAGUUAAGCCCAGAACCUCUUGACCCCACAGCCAUCCCUACGGCCCCAGAUGAACCCCCGGAAUAUUCUCUGGCAAGAGAGGGAGAGGAACCCUUCUCUCCUACUAACUUGAGGCCCCGGCCUGAGAUAGGGGUGUCCCCGCCCCAGGGACAAGGGAAAGGUCCCAGGGUGCCAGGAAAAGAAGGGAAUGACGUCCCCCCUAUCCAUGCAUUCCCUGUGCGGGCAAUAGGAUCUGGUGAAGAGGACAGAGUCUACCAAUAUUGGCCCUUCUCAUCCAGUGACCUUUACAAUUGGAGGUCCCAAAACCCCCCUUUUUCUAAGGAUCCCAUUAGGCUCACUGAUCUUAUAGGAUCUAUCAUGAACACCCAUGAGCCUACUUGGGAUGACUGUCAACAACUCUUGAGUACUCUUUUAAGUUCAGAAGAAAAGGAACGAGUAAUUACAGAAGCCAGGAAGAACGUCAUCGGACCCGACGGCCGAACGACAACCCUCCCCAACCUCAUUGAAGACCACUUCCCACUGACGAGACCUGACUGGGACUUUAGGACGCCGGAAGGUAGGGAGCGUCUCCUGUCCUAUCGCCAGACUCUAAUGACAGGUCUCCGGGCGGCGUCACGCCGGCCCACAAAUUUGGCUAAAGUCAAAGCCAUAGAACAGGGGGUAACUGAAAGCCCGACCAGAUAUCUGGAGAGGAUAUACGAUGCUUAUAGACAAUAUACACCACUAGAUCCCUUGCCCGACAGCCCGGCACCCCUGCUAGGAAGGGAUCUCCUCACCAAGGUGCAGGCACACAUUCGUUUCCAGCCCAAGGGAAUUACUAUCACAGAUGGGCAAGGGGAUCCUAUCACAGUUUUCACACUCUCUCUGGCAGACGAGCACCGUUUGUUUGAAAACAGGACAGCCAUCGAUAAAGGGAAAAUAGAAGCUUGGAUUAAGGACUUCCCACAGGCAUGGGCAGAGACAGGGGGAAUAGGGUUAGCCAUUAACCAAUAUCCGAUAGUAGUCGAAUUGAAGCCCACGGCUGAACCUAUCCGCAUUAAGCAGUACCCCAUAAAACCCGACGCUUUGGAGGGCAUAACCCCACAUAUCGAUAAGCUUCUGCAAGCGGGCAUCCUGAAACCUUGUAGAUCCGCCUGGAACACCCCCUUGCUUCCGGUAAAGAAACCGGAGGGAAAGGACUACCGACCGGUACAAGACCUCCGGAAGGUAAAUGAGAGGGUCAUGGAUAUACACCCAACCGUACCCAACCCCUAUACUCUGCUUAGCCAACUGCCACCCCAUCUAGUGUGGUACACAGUGUUGGACUUAAAGGAUGCAUUCUUCAGCAUCCCUUUGGCUCCUACAAGUCAAACUAUUUUUGCCUUCGAGUGGAAAGGGAGCCAGCUCACCUGGACUAGACUACCCCAAGGUUUUAAGAAUUCCCCCACCAUCUUCAAUGAGGCCCUUAACAUGGACUUGAGAGACUACAGGACCCAGCACCCCAAGGUGACUCUGUUGCAGUACGUAGACGACCUGCUCCUGGCAGCCGAGACAAAGGAAGAAUGCCUAGAGGCAACCAGAGGUCUGCUGCAGGAACUGGGACGUCUAGGAUACCUGGCCAGCGCGAAGAAGGCUCAACUCUGCAAAACUGAAGUGACAUACUUGGGGUACAAGCUGGAGCGAGGACAACGAUGGCUGACGGAUGCUAUGAAAGAAACCAUCCUGCAGACCCCUGUUCCCAAGUCUCCCAGAGAAGUCCGAGAGUUCCUGGGUACAGCCGGAUACUGCAGGCUCUGGAUUCCGAGGUAUGCCGAAAUCUCCCAGCCUCUGCACCAAGCUUCUCGUGAAGGAGUACCCUGGGAGUGGGGACCACCACAGCAGAAGGCCUAUGAGGGACUGAGAGCUGCCCUGUUGUCUGCACCCGCUCUGGCACUCCCGGAUCCUAGUAAGCCAUUCCAAUUGUUCUUGGAUAAAAAGAAGGGGAUAGCUAAAGGAGUCCUGGUCCAAAGACUGGGGCCCUGGAAGAGACCUGUGGCCUAUCUAUCCAAGAGACUUGACCCAGUAGCAGCAGGAUGGCCGCCUUGCUUGAGGAUCAUCGCUGCAACUGCCUUGUUAGUAAAAGAUGCUGACAAGCUGACUUUUGGCCAGGCCCUGGCAGUCACAACCCCCCAUGCCAUCGAAAGGAUCCUUAAGCAACCUCCUGGGAAGUGGAUGUCUAAUGCCAGGCUGACCCAUUAUCAGGCCCUGCUCUUAGACACCCCCCGGAUAACCUUUAAGGAACCGCAAGGUUUAAACCCGGCCACCCUGCUUCCCACUCCAAAAUUGGGAAAGCCCCUGCACUCUUGCACUGAGAUAUUAGCAGAGAUAAUGCAGGUAAGAUCUGACCUGAGAGAUGAGGCGUUAGUUGACAACGACUUAGUCUGGUUCACAGAUGGAAGUAGUUUCGUGCUCAAUGGGGUACGGAAAGCUGGAGCAGCUGUUGUGGACAUAGACGGGAAGGUCAUAUGGAAGGCGGCUCUGCCAGCCGGGACCUCAGCACAGAAGGCCGAGCUUGUGACUCUUUCUGAGGCAUUGGAAAAAGCAGAAGGGAAGAGACUGACUGUAUAUACCGACAGCAGAUAUGCUUUUGCCACUGUGCACGUUCACGGAGCCAUUUAUCGGGAACGCGGAUUCCAAUCAGCUGAAGGGAAGGCACUAAGAAACCUAGAAGAAGUGCAGAGGCUCCUAGCAGCAGUACUACUCCCAAAAGCUGUGGCUGUUGUACACAUCCCAGGCCACCAGAAGGCGACUACACCUGAGGCAAAGGGGAACGCCGUGGCCGACCGGGUCGCUCGCAAAGCGGCUCUGGACCCCCCUCAUUGCUUAGCGCUCGUCUUGCCAGCUCCAGAAGAAAAGCUCCCUGGGGGCCAGGACCAGCCCCAGAAUUCAUUCAAGGCCUUAAAGCGCUCCAAAAAGUACAAAAAGAAAUCUGGCCAGCCCUAA